GGAAAAACCCCUCUUCUCUGAGAGGGCCAGAAGGCCCCUCCUCCCUUCUUCGUCUUUGCCUUUUCAUUUCCAUAACCCUCUUUAUCAAAGCCAAAACGCUCACCACAAGAAAAAAUCACUCCAGAGAAAGCUUUCUUUCUUCUUUUAUUCUUCGAAGUCAGUCCUGACAUACACACAUAGACUGAAAGGAAGAGAGAAAGAUAAAAUGGAGAAUGAAUCUCUGUCUCUCACCGGAGGAAUUCCUAUAUACGGAGGGAAAUAUGUGCAGUACAACAUAGUCGGAAACCUUUUCGACGUCUCCUCCAAAUACGCUCCUCCUGUACAACCCGUCGGCCGCGGCGCAUACGGCAUCGUUUGCUGUGCGAGGAAUUCUGAAACAAAUGAAGGUGUGGCGAUCAAGAAGAUUGUGAAUGCCUUUGACAACAGAAUCGACGCCAAGAGAACACUCAGAGAAAUCAAGCUCCUUUGUCACAUGGAUCAUGACAAUGUAGUCAAAAUUAGAGACAUAAUACCGCCCCCCGAUAGGGAAAGAUUCGAUGAUGUUUACAUAGUGUACGAACUGAUGGAUACUGAUCUGCAUCAGAUUAUAAGAUCAAGCCAGGUCCUGACAGAUGAUCACUGCCAGUAUUUCCUAUACCAGUUAUUGAGAGGACUGAAAUACAUUCACUCAGCAAAUGUUUUACACCGGGAUCUGAAACCGGGCAAUUUGCUUCUCAAUGCAAAUUGUGAUCUAAAGAUUUGUGACUUUGGGCUUGCAAGAACCACCUCGGAGACAGAUUUCAUGACUGAAUAUGUUGUGACCCGAUGGUAUAGAGCCCCUGAGUUGUUGCUUAACUGCUCCGAGUAUACUGCAGCGAUUGAUAUUUGGUCAGUAGGUUGCAUUUUUAUGGAGAUCAUCAGAAGGGAAACCCUUUUUCCUGGUAAAGACUAUAUUCAACAAUUGGCACUCAUAACUGAGCUAUUGGGUUCGCCCGAUGAUUCAGAUCUUGGAUUCCUUAGAAGCGAUAAUGCUCGAAAGUAUGUUAAACAGCUUCCACAUUUCCCAAAGGAACCAUUUGCUCUGAAGUUCCCUAAUGUGUCACCGCUGGCACUUGAUCUUGCAGAGAAGAUGCUAGUUUUUGAUCCAAGCAAACGCAUAACUGUUGAGGAAGCAUUGAAUCACCCUUAUGUGUCAGGCCUUCAUGAGAUAAAUGAGGAGCCCACUUGUCCAUCGCCUUUCAUCUUUGAUUUUGAACAGGCUUCCUUAAAUGAAGAUGACAUUAGGGAGCUCAUAUGGAGGGAGUCUCUGAACUUCAACCAUGGUGACAUGCUUGAGUAGUCCCUUUUUUUCUCUCCUUUUUUCUCUGUUCCUUGUUUGCCAUCAGAAAAGGUUGUUUUUGGUGUGAAAAGCUAGCAUUAUACGCGAUGCAGUAAUACUAAACAGAGAAAUAAGGUAUAUGGGGGUUCCUUUCUGUUUGAAGGUGGUGUAAUUGCGGGUGGUGUAGGCUUGAAUAUUAAUAAACUAUUGGUUUGAUAAUCUCUAAGGGUUCAGUUCUGAAAGAGAUGUUAUGUACAGAAGAUUGCAACGGCCACUAGGCUUUUUGAGUCUGUGUUUGUAUGUUGGACACAUAAUUGAUCAUAUCUAUCUAAAGUUGAAAAUGUAAGUUUUCAUUUUGCGAGGUAAAUUUUGG